AUAUAAUAGUGCCCUCGUAGAAGCAAGUCAAGCAUGUUUUUGUUUAAACUCUGUUUUCUGAUAUUAGCGAAAGCACUACUGUUACUAUCCUUGGCGAAUGGUACUCUUGUCCUGGAUGAGAACUCUGCAAUGGAAAAUUGGUUUCCGCAUAGCUACGUGACGUCAGUGGGCGUGGUGAGAUCAAAGUCUGAGUGUGGACUUCAUUGCUCGGCUGUUGGUUGGUGCAUGUCCAUCAUAUACGACACAGCCAAUAACACCUGUUAUCUUAACGACGUAUUGUUCACAGACGUAUCCAAUGGUUACUGGAGGCAGAAUACGACUCACUUCCAAGUGAAGAGUACUGUAACUAUACCUGAGGGUUAUGACUGCAAUGCUUUCACUGGAAGUUGCGUAAAUAUUUCAUCUUCUCCUCACACUUGGAAUGAUGCGUUCGACGUAUGUGCGGCAAAAGGUGAACGAUUUCUUCUGAUUGAUAGCGCUAACAAGCAGUUGGAGGCCGAGCAAUUCAUGCAGGAUCAAGGUCUCAGCUAUUUAUGGAUUGGGUUGACUGACCAAGAAACCGAAGGAGUAUGGCUAGACGGAGAAGGAAAUAUUAUGGAGUACAGCAACUUUCAUAACGGACAGCCAGACAAUGGAGGUAAUAACCAACACUGCGCUCUGAUGAGAGCCGACUAUGGAUAUAAGUGGGAUGAUGUAAACUGUGGUAAUAACUGGUAUGUCGUCUGCGAGAUGAUCUAACCUAUGUAGAAUUAUAAGAACGUUCGUGAUUGGUUAAUCCAUUACGUCAUAGUGGUAGCGCAAUGAAUGCUUCUUUUCAUAUCAUCAAAUUAUCGUCAGUUUUAGACUUAAAUCUCCAAAUGAGCCGCGGUUUACGGACCCCCUUACCACUAUCAGAAACUAUAACGUUGCAUUUCAAACUGUUUUGGCAUUACUAUAACUUUAAAAAAAAAUGUUUCUGAAAAGAAUGCAAUAUGUUGCAGGAACUUUUAUCAACACAUAACACACAAAUAGUAUCAACAAAAAUGUUGAGCGUGCAAAUUCAGGUGAGCUGGACCAGAAGUUGAUGCCUAGACCUCAGAUUGUUAUAGAAAGCGUU